AUGCAGCUGGAGCACUGCCUUUCUCCUUCUAUCAUGCUCUCCAAGAAAUUUCUCAAUGUGAGCAGCAGCUACCCACAUUCAGGCGGAUCUGAGCUUGUCUUGCACGAUCAUCCCAUUAUCUCGACCACUGACAACCUGGAGAGAAGUUCACCUUUGAAAAAAAUUACCAGGGGGAUGACGAAUCAGUCAGAUACAGACAAUUUUCCUGACUCCAAGGACUCACCAGGGGACGUCCAGAGAAGUAAACUCUCUCCUGUCUUGGACGGGGUCUCUGAGCUUCGUCACAGUUUCGAUGGCUCUGCUGCAGAUCGCUACCUCCUCUCUCAGUCCAGCCAGCCACAGUCUGCGGCCACUGCUCCCAGUGCCAUGUUCCCGUACCCCGGCCAGCACGGACCGGCGCACCCCGCCUUCUCCAUCGGCAGCCCCAGUCGCUACAUGGCCCACCACCCGGUCAUCACCAACGGAGCCUACAACAGCCUCCUGUCCAACUCCUCACCGCAGGGCUACCCCGCGGCCGGCUACCCCUACCCACAGCAGUACGGCCACUCCUACCAAGGAGCCCCGUUCUACCAAUUCUCCUCCACACAACCCGGGCUGGUGCCCGGGAAAGCGCAGGUAUACCUGUGCAACAGGCCUCUUUGGCUGAAAUUUCACCGGCAUCAAACGGAGAUGAUCAUCACCAAACAGGGAAGGCGCAUGUUUCCUUUUUUAAGUUUUAACAUUUCUGGUCUCGAUCCCACGGCUCAUUACAAUAUUUUUGUGGAUGUGAUUUUGGCGGAUCCCAAUCACUGGAGGUUUCAAGGAGGCAAAUGGGUUCCUUGCGGCAAAGCGGACACCAAUGUGCAAGGAAAUCGAGUCUAUAUGCAUCCGGAUUCCCCCAACACGGGGGCUCACUGGAUGCGCCAAGAAAUCUCUUUUGGAAAAUUAAAACUUACAAACAACAAAGGAGCUUCAAACAACAAUGGGCAGAUGGUGGUUUUACAGUCCUUGCACAAGUACCAGCCCCGCCUGCAUGUGGUGGAAGUGAACGAGGACGGCACGGAGGACACCAGCCAGCCAGGCCGCGUGCAGACAUUCACUUUCCCCGAGACUCAGUUCAUCGCCGUCACCGCCUACCAGAACACCGAUAUUACACAACUGAAAAUAGACCACAACCCCUUCGCUAAAGGAUUUCGGGAUAAUUACGACACGAUCUACACCGGCUGCGACAUGGACCGCCUGACCCCCUCGCCCAACGACUCCCCGCGCUCGCAGAUCGUGCCCGGGGCCCGCUACGCCAUGGCCGGCUCGUUCCUCCAGGACCAGUUCGUGAGCAACUACGCCAAGGCCCGUUUCCACCCGGGCGCGGGCGCGGGCCCCGGGCCGGCCACGGACCGCAGCGUGCCGCACACCAACGGGCUGCUGUCGCCGCAGCAGGCCGAGGACCCGGGCGCGCCGUCGCCGCAGCGCUGGUUUGUGACGCCGGCCAACAACCGGCUGGACUUCGCCGCCUCGGCCUACGACACGGCCACGGACUUCGCGGGCAACGCGGCCACGCUGCUCUCGUACGCGGCGGCGGGCGUGAAGGCGCUGCCGCUGCAGGCCGCCGGCUGCACGGGCCGCCCGCUCGGCUACUACGCCGACCCGUCGGGCUGGGGCGCGCGCAGCCCCCCGCAGUACUGCGGCGCCAAGUCGGGCUCGGUGCUGCCCUGCUGGCCCAACAGCGCCGCGGCCGCUGCGCGCAUGGCUGGCGCCAACCCCUACCUGGGCGAGGAGGCCGAGGGCCUGGCCGCCGAGCGCUCGCCGCUGCCGCCCGGCGCCGCCGAGGACGCCAAGCCCAAGGACCUGUCCGACUCCAGCUGGAUCGAGACCCCCUCCUCCAUCAAGUCCAUCGACUCGAGCGACUCGGGGAUUUACGAGCAGGCCAAGCGGAGGCGGAUCUCGCCCGCCGACACGCCCGUGUCCGAGAGCUCGUCUCCGCUCAAGAGCGAGGUGCUGGCCCAGCGGGACUGCGAGAAGAACUGCGCCAAGGACAUAGGCGGCUACUACGGCUUCUACUCGCACAGCUAG